AUGGUCUAUCCGAUUUCCUACCGUCGCCCUGCGCAGGUUGCUCGCGCUGCAUCGCAUGAGUCCCUCUCUGGCGACCGCAAGCAACAAUCGAUACGCGAGUCUGUUCACUCAGGUAGUAGUGGGAUGUCUCACGGGAUCCCCGAGGCGCUGUCCUUCGACCGCAUCAUCGCGGGGGGUGUUUGCCCACCAUGCACAGUGCGAGACUUUAUGAAUUUCCUCAAGUACAUCGAGCUGUCUGCCGAGAAUCUGCAGUUCUUCCUCUGGUUCCGCGACUACAGCAAGCGCUUUGACCUGCUGCCUGCGGCGGAGAAGAGCCUCUCGCCUGAGUGGACGGGCGAGAAGAGUGGUGGUGAGAAGCCGGCGGCUAGGACGAGCAAUCCGGAUGUAGCGGCCAUUCUCAAGGGGACGGAUUUUGCGAGUGAGACGAAUCUGGCUGAGCAGGAGAAGGUCGAGGGCGAUCCGUUUUAUACGCCACCGCACACGCCGGCUAGGAGCAGCGAGGCGAACCGCGAUACGGGGGCGUCGUUCGAUACGUAUCAAGACAGCAUGCAGACUGGCGGUAAGGUGGACCAUGUUAAACGUGCUUCGGGAGCGUUUGAGAGUGCUGGCCUCAAGUGGAAGCCCUGUGAGUUUUCUCCGAGAUCUAUAACUGUCCAACCAUAUCGGGAGGAAGUCAACCGUGUCAUCUCCAUCUACAUCGCGGAUGGGGGAGCUCGCCAGUUGAAUCUCUCGUCCAAGGAGCGUGUUGCGCUGCUCCACGCACUGCAGAACACAACACAUCCAUCUGCGUUCAACGACAUCGUCACGACAGUCGAGUGGUCGCUGCGCUGCCAGGCGCAUCCCAACUUCAUCCGCUGGACCAUCUGCAACGGCAAUCGUCCUCGGGUCAUCUUCGCCCGUGGUCUGGGAAUUGGCGGCAUCACCGUUGGCUUCCUCAUCGCCAUCCUGCUCACGCUCAGCUCUGCAAGCCGCGCCUGGCGCGUAAUCUCCCUCAUCGGCUUCCUCAUCGGCAUCUCGACACUCAUCGCGGCGUGGAAGGGCAUGUGCGUUGUCCUGCACGGCAUGCACCACCGACAUCUCCGUCCGUGGGAGCUAUUCACCUCCGACGAGGAGCUGAAGGGGUACGAGGAUUCCAUGGGCAGUCUGACGUCGCAUGCAUCGAGCAACUCAUGGGAAGACGAGCCGUGGGUGGCGCGGUACGAGAAGCGCAAUGUGGUGAGGAAGAUUUUCGACCGCGAGGUGUGGAUUCAAGAGCCCGCUCUCCGCCAGAUCCAGGACACCAUUUUCCUGCAGGCGAUCCUCGGCGCGCUUGUGAUGUCGGGGGUUGUGGUUGGUGUUUUCUGUGCGAUUCCGAGGGGAAAUUACUUUUGA